AUGGGGAGUCGCAACAUGGAGAAGAUAGCAUCAAACUCAAUUGAUGCACAGCUGAGGCUUUUGGCACCUAGGAAGGUAUCUGAAGAUGACAAGCUGGUAGAGUAUGAUGCUUUGUUGUUGGAUCGAUUUCUUGAUAUUCUCCACGAUUUACAUGGACACCAAAUUAGAGAAACGGUUCAAGACUGCUAUGAGCUUUCCGCCGAGUAUGAAAGGAAGCUUGACCCCCAGAAAUUGGAGGAACUCGGGAAUGUGCUGACAAGUUUAGAUGCGGGUGAUUCUAUUGUAGUUGCUAAAUCUUUUUCCCACAUGCUUAACUUAGCCAACUUGGCUGAGGAGGUUCAGAUAGCUUAUAGACGAAGGAUUAAGUUAAAGAAGAAAGGUGAUUUUGCUGAUGAGGCAUCUGCGACAACUGAAUCAGACAUUGAUGAGACCCUCAAGAGGCUUGUGGUGCAGUUGAAUAAGUCCCCUCAACAAGUUUUUGAUGCUUUGAAGAACCAGACAGUAGAUUUAGUCCUUACGGCACACCCCACUCAAUCUGUCCGUAGAUCUUUGCUUCAAAAACAUGCAAGAAUUCAGAAUUGUUUGACCCAGUUGUAUGCCAAAGACAUCACUUCUGAUGAUAAGCAGGAGCUUGAUGAGGCGCUACAGAGAGAGAUACAAGCUGCAUUUCGUACUGAUGAAAUCCGGAGGACCCCUCCAACUCCACAAGAUGAGAUGAGGGCAGGAAUGAGCUACUUCCAUGAGACAAUAUGGAAAGGAGUUCCAAAAUUCUUACGCCGUGUUGACACUGCUUUGAAAAACAUAGGGAUAAAUGAGCGUGUUCCCUACAAUGCCCCUCUAAUUCAGUUCUCUUCUUGGAUGGGUGGGGAUCGUGAUGGAAAUCCAAGGGUAACUCCUGAAGUUACAAGGGAUGUAUGCUUAUUGGCUAGAAUGAUGGCUGCGAAUUUGUACUUCUCUCAGAUAGAGGAUCUUAUGUUUGAGUUAUCGAUGUGGCGUUGCAGUGAAGAACUUCGUGCUCGUGCAGAUGAACUUCAUCGCUCCUCAAAGAGAGAUGCCAAACAUUAUAUUGAGUUUUGGAAACGAAUUCCUCCAAAUGAGCCCUAUCGUGUUAUUCUUGGCGAUGUAAGGGACAAACUUUAUCAUACACGUGAGCGUGCUCGUCAGUUGUUAGCCAAUGAGAUCUCUGAUAUUCCUGAGGAGGCAACUUUCACUAACCUCGAGCAGUUCCUGGAGCCUCUCGAACUUUGUUAUAGAUCACUUUGCACUUGUGGUGAUCAGCCAAUUGCUGAUGGAAGCCUUCUUGAUUUCUUACGGCAAGUUUCUACCUUUGGACUGUCACUUGUGAGACUUGAUAUCCGGCAAGAAUCAGAUAGGCACACCGAUGUCAUUGAUGCCAUUACUAGGCACUUGAAAAUCGGAUCCUACAGAGAAUGGUCGGAAGAACGCAGGCAGGAGUGGCUCUUAUCUGAACUCGUUGGGAAGCGCCCUUUGUUUGGUCCCGAUCUUCCCAAAACUGAAGAAAUUGCUGAUGUUUUGGACACUUUCAAUGUGAUUUCUGAACUUCCCUCAGAUAACUUUGGUGCCUACAUAAUAUCAAUGGCAACUGCAGCGUCUGAUGUGCUUGCUGUGGAGCUUUUACAGCGUGAGUGCCAUGUCAAGCGGCCAUUAAGGGUUGUCCCAUUGUUUGAAAAACUUGCAGAUCUUGUUGCUGCACCGGCUGCUAUGGCUCGUCUCUUUUCAAUAGAUUGGUAUCGAAAUCGGAUCAAUGGGAAGCAAGAAGUCAUGAUUGGUUAUUCAGAUUCGGGUAAGGAUGCUGGUCGUCUCUCUGCUGCAUGGCAGUUGUAUAAGACCCAAGAAGAACUUAUAAAUGUGGCCAAGCAAAAUGGGGUGAAGCUUACUAUGUUCCACGGUCGAGGAGGGACCGUUGGAAGAGGAGGAGGUCCCACCCAUCUCGCUAUAUUGUCUCAGCCACCUGACACGAUUCAUGGAUCACUUCGUGUGACAGUUCAAGGUGAAGUUAUUGAACAGUCAUUUGGGGAGGAGCACUUGUGCUUUAGAACACUCCAACGUUUCACGGCAGCUACACUGGAGCAUGGAAUGCAUGCCCCAGUCUCACCUAAGCCUGAAUGGCGUGCACUAAUGGAUGAUAUGGCAGUUGUUGCCACGAAAGAAUAUCGCUCCAUAGUUUUCCAGGAACCCCGAUUUGUUGAAUACUUCCGCUUUGCGACACCAGAGACGGAGUAUGGUCGCAUGAACAUUGGAAGUCGUCCAUCAAAACGAAAACCUAGUGGUGGAAUUGAAUCUCUCCGUGCAAUUCCAUGGAUCUUUGCUUGGACCCAGACGAGGUUUCAUCUCCCAGUGUGGCUCGGUUUCGGUUCUGCAUUCAAGCAUGUCAUUGGUAAGGAUGUAAAAAAUCUCCAAAUGCUCAAGGAGAUGUACAACCAGUGGCCUUUUUUCAGAGUGACAAUUGACUUGCUUGAGAUGGUUUUCGCCAAGGGAGAUCCUAAGAUUGCUGCUUUGUAUGACAAGCUUCUAGUCUCAGAAGAUCUAUGGCCAUUUGGAGAGCUUUUGAGAGCAAACUACGAAGAAACAAAGAACCUUCUCCUCCAGAUUGCUGGGCACAAGGAUCUACUGGAGGGAGACCCGUACUUGAAGCAAAGACUCUGUCUUCGUGAAGCAUAUAUCACGACCCUUAAUGUGUGCCAAGCAUACACUCUGAAGCGGAUUCGUGACCCCAAUUACAAUGUGAAGGUGAGGCCACAUCUGUCCAGGGAAAUAAUGGACUCUACUAGCAAGCCCCAAAAUGCAGAGUUGGUGAAGCUUAACCCUACAAGCGAGUAUGCUCCUGGCCUCGAAGACACACUCAUCUUAACUAUGAAGGGUAUUGCUGCCGGAAUGCAAAACACUGGCUAAGGCAUGACAGUUCUGUUAGCUAGUGUUCUUUACAUAUAUGCCUAGUACUGCUCCUGUCCCAACAAUAAAUCCAUAUGGAUAUUAGUCUGUCUGUCUAAACUCAAGUAUCUGGUGGUGCUUUUCGUCUUGAGGAUUUCGUCCUUCCUUUUCUUCAUAAAUAAGUAUAUAACUACAGAAGGCAUUGGAGAUAUGCAAUAAGAGAUAGUUAUAAUUAUUUAAGAUGAAUGCUCUGAACUGAAACAUUGGGGGUGUUUUUUUCAUAAUCGAAAUUGGCAUUUCCUUAUCACUGAGGGGGUCAGGGACAAGUCAUUACUCGAUUAAUGGAAAGGGUUUUGGUCAUGGUGACUUCAGAUAA